AUGAAUGAAGGACAAUUACGCGAGAAUGGGAUCAACAACAUUCGUUCGCUCUCCACCGUCUUGCAGACACAGAAAUUGCCUUACACUUUCCCCUUCAGUACGCACGAGAUGGAUACGCAUUUAUCGUGCAUCGUUACCAGUCAAGGAAAGAGCUUCUUGCCAAUCGAUGUUCAGGUUCCAUGGCAAGGCACUUCAAGUGA